AGAGAAUAUAUAGGUGUUGUAACAGAGCAAACACUUGCUUUUUUGUUUAAGCAGGAAUGGAGAAGCUGAAGAAACCUACUCAGUUCUUCCUCUUCCUCCUAGUGAUCUCAUCCUUUCCUCACUGGGUGCAGUCUACCAAAGAUUCAACCGGAGUGACCAACAGCAUCACAGCAGUAGAUAGGUCAACAGGAGGCAGAGGUGGUGCAGCGACCGGCGGCGGCGGCGGCGGCGGCGGCGGCGGCGGCGGAGGACACAAUAGCGGUGGCGCAGGAAAUACUGCAGGAAUUAAUUCCGACAACACUGGAUCAAGUUCAAGUUCAAGUUCUGGAUCAGGGCAGUCAAAUUUUGGAACCACGAACUCAGACCAACCAAGGAACAAUGAUGACGAUCGCAGCCAUAUUAGAAGUGAUGCUGUAAGGAGCAUCAGUUUCCUCGUCCACUUCAAGAACUUUGCAAUCGUUGGGCUCUUUGUUGUGCUGCUCUCGUACGUUAUUGUCUACUAAGUAAUUAAUAUAUAAGAUGGUACGUUAUGGUUCUCAUCUAGUCAGUAUUAAUUUCAUGAAAGGUGAAAUACAUUUGUGAGAAAAAAACAGUAAAUUUUUUUUUAUUGGCCGUAUAAUUGUAAUUGUGAUUUGUGCAUGUGUUGCUUGUUGACAAGACUAUGCAACUAUGUAAUUAAUAUCAGAAUAUAUAGGUGUCC